GCCAGCAGGUGCUUGCUUCCCCGGCCCCUUAUUAGCUAGUGAUCGAGGUGCCCGCCUCACUAAGAUUCACACAACUGCCAGCCAGCAUAUUUGACGACCCAGAAUCAGCUAAACGCACUUACUGAGUUGUCCCCGUCCACCAGUGGUGAGAAGCAAUGUCGCAGCAGUCCGGCGGCCACAAUGACUGUACACAUAGGAAUGAUGCAGGCUGAGAGGGAUGCUGCCGACAACAAUGGGCACCGAGAGGACCAUCGCUUCCAUAAGGACCUGAGCCCCAUGAUAGCCCGUUACAUCUACACACUGAUCUUCUUUGUUGGGAACAUCUUCGCAUGGGCAGUACGCGACAACCAUAUUUCAACAUUCUUCGAGAGACAGCGCCUUAACGGUUGUCAGGGCAAUCGUGCCUGCCUGACAACGGAGGCUAUAUUGAUAAUUAGCCUUGUGUUCUUUGUAUCCUAAAAACACCACUUAAUAAGAAAUAUUUUAUUUAUGUACAUUCCUUUAUGUUGUCCUUAAAAAUGUCAAUUAGCUAUUUUUCUUGGUCAUGUUCUUGUCGACCGUGUACACUAGUCAGGUACAUGAUCGUAGAAAUGUCUGGCACUCCCCAGUGGCGGCCGGCAAAGGUCGUCCUUUUGGCAAUCUUCCUUAUAAUAUCUACAGUGGCACCAUCCUAUGUGAUUCAACUCUACGGUAAAGUUGCACCUUUUGGAGCAGGGAUAUUUAUUUUUAUUCAGCUAAUAAGUGUGAUUAGAUAUAUCACACGGCUGAACUACAGAUGGUGCCUAACAAAUAUGGAAGAAUGUUACCUUCGGGUGAUCAUAGUCUCCACCUUAGGGUACAGUGGUUCUAUGGUUGGGACCAUACUUAUGGGCUUGUGGUACGCGGGCUGCUGGCAAAAUAUCACAUUCAUUGUCGCCACACUGCUGCUGGUGUACCUCAUGUCACUAAUCUCAAUGAUUUCCAAGGCCAAGGGGUUCUAUAUGGAGCCAGGGCUACUAGGUGUGUACAUUGUAUUCCUGUGUUGGUCAGCAAUUAAAAGUGAACCAGAGACAAGGUGCUACAAGAAACAAAAAGCUAGUUCAGGUGAAAAUUGGAAGACUAUGAUUAGUUUUAUUGUUGAAUUAAUCAGCAUCGCUGUAGCUGCUUUCUCGACAGGCAGCGACUACAAAUGUUUACAGUUCAGAAAUGUGGUAGAGUCGGAAAAUGACAUACCGUAUGGGUAUGGUUUUUUCCAUUUUGUCUUUGCCACGGGAUCCAUGUACUUCGGCAUGAUGUUUGUCGGCUGGGACACUCAUCAUACAUCAGAAAAGUGGAGUAUGGAUGCCGGUUGGACCAGUACAUGGGUCCAUAUAGCUAAUGAGGGUCUAGUAGUAAUAUCCUUCGUAUCAAUACUCCUUGCCCGAAUCUGGCAUAGGUUGGCUUCAGCAGAUGCUUGAACGGUUCUUUGGAACAGGUGGUCAGCAGGGUGGUGAAUCCCGGACGGCGACCACCGAGCUCGAGAUGAACACCGGACCGCCACCUUCGCCGUUAUCGCAGACCACCGACCUCCAAAUAUCUGAUUCCAUCAACAUUACUGUACAUGUUGAGCAUCAGUAACAACAACACUGAGCCAGCAGCUAGCACCUUCCCCUUUGUUAUUACAAAUUAACCGAGACCGAAAUAGUUGAAGAGUAAUUAGGCGGUGGCAUAUUAUUGAGUGUUUGUAUGAUAUGGAGGAUUGAUGGAAAAUUUCUUUCUCUUCACAAUGUUCUUUUUUUUUAAGAACCCAAGCUGCGAGUAGUUUAA